AUGAUAAACGGAUCAAUAUCUCACGCUGAGCGUGGAUUACCACCAUCUCAAUCAAUGGUGCGAAAUUUUGCAAAAGAAAUUACUGGAAAUAAGCCUGAUGACCGCACCGCUUUAUCUCAAGACUUGAUGAUGUGCUUAUCUUAUGAUCGAAAAAAAAUUGAGGAGUAUGAGAUUGAACCUAGAAAUAUGUACAAUAUGAAUGAGAAGGCUUUUCUCAUUGGAGCACUAUCAAAAGGCCAAAGAAUCUUUUCACAACGCUGGUAUCAGAAGGGAGAACCACAGCAACGAAUUCAAGAUGGAAAUAGAGAGUGGAUUACUACAAUUGCCUGUAUUUGUGCAGAUGAGACAGCUCUUUCACCUGGUUUGAUUUACCAGGCCGUGUCUCGAGAUAUGCAAGAUACGUGGCUUCAGGAUUUUAAGCCUGAUGACCAUCACUACCUUUUUCCAUCGUCGCCUAGUGGAUGGACAAAAGAUGAGCUUGGCUACGCGUGGCUUAUAACUCUAUUCGAUCCUGAAAAAGAAAAAAGAGAAGGAGCAAGGGCGUUGGCGACUUCUAAUUCUUGA